AACAAUACAAACCAAAACAAGAAACACUUACCAACCUAAGCGUUGGUAGAGAAAAGCUAAAUCACAAUGAGAUCUUCCUCUAAGAUGGGGCCUUCUGCCCAUCUCAUUUCCGCUCUAGGAGUUAUCAUCAUGGCAACAAUGGUUGCUGCUUAUGAGCCAUACACAUACAGUUCUCCACCACCACCAUAUUCUACACCAUCUCCGAAGGUUGAAUACAACUCUCCCCCACCACCAUACGUUGACUAUAAAUCUCCACCACCUGUAUACAGUUCCCCACCACCAUCGCCAUAUUACUCUCCAUCCCCAAAGGUUGAGUACAAGUCUCCUCCUCCACCAUAUGUCUACAGCUCUCCACCACCACCAUACUACUCUCCAUCCCCUAAGGUAGACUACAAGUCUCCUCCACCACCGUAUGUUUACAGCUCCCCACCGCCACCAUACUACUCUCCAUCCCCUAAGGUAGACUACAAGUCUUCUCCACCACCGUAUGUUUACAGCUCCCCACCACCACCAUACUACUCUCCAUCCCCCAUGGUAGACUACAAGUCUCCUCCCCCACCGUAUGUUUACAGCUCCCCACCACCACCAUACUACUCUCCAUCCCCCAUGGUAGACUACAAGUCUCCUCCCCCACCGUAUGUUUACAGCUCCCCACCACCACCAUACUACUCACCGUCUCCUAAGGUAGACUACAAGUCUCCUCCUCCACCAUAUGUUUACAGCUCCCCACCACCACCAUACUACUCUCCAGCCCCUAAGGUUGACUACAAGUCUCCUCCUCCACCAUAUGUCUACAGCUCCCCACCACCACCCUACUACUCUCCAUCUCCUAAGGUUGACUACAAGUCUCCUCCACCACCAUAUGUGUACAGUUCUCCACCACCACCAUACUACUCUCCAUCCCCUAAGGUUGACUACAAGUCUCCUCCUCCACCAUAUGUCUACAGCUCCCCACCACCACCCUACUACUCUCCAUCUCCUAAGGUUGACUACAAGUCUCCUCCACCACCAUAUGUGUACAGUUCUCCACCACCACCAUACUACUCACCAGCCCCUAAGGUUGACUACAAGUCUCCUCCUCCACCAUAUGACUACAGCUCUCCACCACCACCAUACUACUCUCCAGCCCCUAAGGUUGACUACAAGUCUCCUCCUCCACCAUAUGACUACAGCUCUCCACCACCACCAUACUACUCUCCAGCCCCUAAGGUUGACUACAAGUCUCCUCCUCCACCAUAUGACUACAGCUCUCCACCACCACCAUACUACUCUCCAGCCCCUAAGGUUGACUACAAGUCUCCUCCUCCACCAUAUGACUACAGCUCUCCACCACCACCAUACUACUCUCCAGCCCCUAAGGUUGACUACAAGUCUCCUCCUCCACCAUAUGACUACAGCUCUCCACCACCACCAUACUACUCUCCAGCCCCUAAGGUUGACUACAAGUCUCCUCCACCACCAUAUGUUUACAGUUCCCCACCACCACCAUAUUACUCUCCAUCCCCUAAGGUAGACUACAAGUCUCCUCCACCACCAUAUGUCUACAGCUCUCCACCACCACCAUACUACUCUCCAGCCCCUAAGGUUGACUACAAGUCUCCUCCUCCACCAUAUGUUUACAGUUCUCCACCACCACCAUACUACUCUCCAUCCCCUAAGGUAGUCUACAAGUCUCCUCCACCACCAUAUGUUUACAGCUCCCCACCUCCACAAUACUACUCUCCAUCCCCUAAGGUUGUAUACAAGUCUCCUCCUCCACCAUAUGUCUACAGCUCUCCACCACCACCAUACUACUCUCCAUCCCCUAAGGUAGUCUACAAGUCUCCUCCACCACCAUAUGUUUACAGUUCCCCACCACCACCGUACUACGCUCCAUCCCCAAAGGUUGUAUACAAGUCUCCCCCUCCACCAUAUGUCUACAACUCUCCACCACCACCAUACUACUCUCCCGCCCCAAAGGUUGUAUACAAGUCUCCUCCUCCUCCCUACGUCUACAGUUCUCCCCCACCACCAUACUAUUCUCCAUCCCCUAAGGUUGUAUACAAGUCUCCACCUCCACCAUAUGUCUACAGCUCUCCACCACCACCAUACUAUUCUCCAUCCCCUAAGGUGCACUACAAGUAUCCUCCACCACCGUAUGUUUACAGCUCCCCACCACGACCAUACUAUUCUCCAUCCCCUAAGGUUGUAUACAAAUCUCCACCACAUCCUCAUGUUUGUGUGUGUCCACCACCUCCUCCAUGUUAUUCUCCAUCUCCAAAGGCUAUAUACAAGUCUCCUCCACCCCCAUAUGUUUACAGUUCUCCACCACCACCAUACCACUCUCCAUCCCCUAAGGUUGUAUACAAGUCUUCUCCUCCACCGUAUGUCUACAGUUCUCCACCACCACCAUAUUAUUCUCCAUCCCCCAAGGUAGUAUACAAGUCUCCUCCUCCACCAUAUGUUUACAGUUCUCCACCACCACCAUACUACUCUCCAUCCCCUAAGGUUGACUACAAGUCUCCUCCUCCACCAUAUGUUUACAGCUCUCCACCACCACCAUACUACUCACCAGCCCCUAAGGUAGUCUACAAGUCUCCUCCACCACCAUAUGUUUACAGCUCCCCACCACUACCAUACUACUCUCCAUCCCCUAAGGUAGUAUACAAGUCUCCUCCUCCACCAUAUGUCUACAGCUCUCCACCACCACCAUACUACUCUCCAUCCCCUAAGGUAGUAUACAAGUCUCCUCCUCCACCAUAUGUCUACAGCUCUCCACCACCACCAUACUACUCUCCAUCCCCUAAGGUUGAAUACAAGUCCCCUCCUACCCCAUAUGUCUACAGUUCACCACCACCACCAUACUACUCUCCAUCCCCUAAGGUAGACUACAAGUCUCCUCCUCCCCCGUAUGUCUACAGUUCUCCACCACCACCAUACUACUCUCCUUCCCCUAAGGUAGACUACAAGUCUCCUCCACCACCAUAUGUUUACAGUUCCCCACCCCCACCAUCAUACUCACCUUCUCCAAAAACUGAGUACUAAGCUUUAUCUGCACCCUCGUAUUACUUGAAUAUGUAACUGGGAUUCUUUUAUAACCUAUUGAGUUUUAUUUGAUCUCAUCUUUCCUUUUCUUCUAUUGCUAUUUGUAUCCAAUAAUUUUUAAUUUUCUUGGUGUUGAUUCAAAUAUUUUUCUACAAACGUUUCACAUGGUUUCAUGUUUGUUCUUUUAUUUGUGUAAAGGUUGCUUUCAAUCUAUAUGACGUCCAUUGCAAUAAAUAUAUAAUCCUUUAACAUGUGUCUGGUAUAUGGAUUGUAUACUAAGUUGCAUGGAUUGUUUUAAUUCUAUUA